UUGCCAGAUGUUCAACCAUAUCCCGUACUGUUCCUGCAAGCCUGGCUUCUCAGGCAACCCCUUCACUGGCUGUCAGAGAGCUGUUGCAGUACUAGCAGGAGACUUACCAGGCAACAACAGCCAGCCCAGGAGAAAAAGGUUCGAAGUGGAGCGCUUCAUUAAGGUCAACUGGUACGCAGCUUACGCUCACUGCAGGUACCACGGGGGUCGCCUUGCCGUCAUCGAGUCAAAGGAACAGAAUGAGCAGGUCAAAGAGGCGAUACUGAAGACGAACCUACGGAACGAACAGUUUUGGACAUCCGGGACGGACUUUCCUCAGGGACAAUGGGUCUGGAUGACCUCCGGGAAGCCGUUUUCUGGAUUCUCGGACUGGGAGCCUGGAGAACCCUAACAAUGCUGGAGACGAGCACUGCCUCCAGUUCUUCGAGAAGGAGAGGAAAGGCUACAUGUGGAACGACAAGAACUGUAUGGAGCAGAUCUUCCCGAUUUGCGAAUACUUAGAAUAAUUUUGAUAUCAAUAAUGCUUUGUUUUCGUAAUAAAAUAAUCCACAGAAAAACUUUGUUGUUAAUAACUAUUAUGUAGUUUUAAAAUAUAAACCAUAGAUUAAAUGUGUUGGAAUUAA